AUGGGCAAGGGCUUUGACAAAUUUAGGGGCAUUCUUCGGCAGCAGGGGUUGGAGAAUUUCUUUAGCGCUAGCUGCUUUGGGCUCUAUUUAGAUUUGCUUGAAGAAACUAGUGCGCGGUUUCAAAUGACAAUGGUGUCUGAGCUUUUGAAGCGUAGGAUUAUUUGUGAUAGAAAGGAUGAGGUUUGGAUCAAUUACUGUGGCAUGCCGGUUUGUUUUGGCAUGAAGGAGUUUGCCAUAGUUACCGGAUUGAGAUGUCAUCCUUGUGAGCCUCUUCCUACUGUUGUAUUAACCAAGCCAGCCUGGACUCCCAAGGCAGCCAAGAAAGCAAAGGGUUCCAAAGCUAAGAAUGAUGUCUCUUUGGUAGACUUAGUGGGAAAGAGCUACAUUCAGAAGAAAUUGUUGGAAGAUUUGGAGUCCAAAACUUUCUCAAAAAAGCACAAGGAGGCACUGUGCUUAGUUUGGUUUGUGCACAGUGUUCUUUGGGCAAGAGACAUAAACAACAACAUACCGCUUGGAUUGAUUAAACUUGCUGAGGACUAUGAUGCCUUCAACAACUAUUCCUGGGGUUUUAAAAGCUUUAGGUUGACUGUUGAAUAUUUGAUGAAGGAAUUGAAGCCAACUGGGAAGACACUUAACCUAUAUGGCUUUCCUUGGGCUUUCAUGCCAUUCCUCACCUCCGGCAUCAAGUGA